AUGGAUUUCGACGAGUAUGAAUAUUUAGAGAAUACGGUGGAAAAUCCAGAACCUAAAAAGUCAAAGGAGAUUAUGAAUGGAGGUGAGGACAGUUUGAAAUCCAAAGAGAGAGAUAGAAGUCAAAGUUCAAAGCACAAAAGGGAUGGUAAUGACAAUGAUUUGGAUAAGCAGAUGAAACAUUCAAGGUCAAAGGACGAGUCUCAUGAUAGCAGGAAAGAAAGGAGCUCAGGUAAUCUCCCAUCUUCAAGAGAUAGGGAGAUGAGUGACAAUGAUAGACAUAAACAUAGGCGGGAUCACAGAAACAGAGACAAGGAAGAGGGCAGUGGAAAAGAGAAAGACAGAGAAAGGGGCAAAGAGAGGGACAUUGACAAGAAACGAGAGAGUUAUCGCGAUGGGGACAGGAGAGAGCAUGGCCAUGAAUAUGGAAGAGAGAGAGACAGGGAGGGGGAGCGCGAGAGGUCGAGGGGGAGCAGAAGUUAUUCAGAAAGAAACCGUGAUGAUCGGGAGAGGGAGAGGGAGAGAAGUAGGGAUGUGGAGAGGAGUAUAGACAGGGAGUAUAAGGAAAGAGGAAGGGAGGAGUUUAGAGAUCGCGAUCAUGAAAGCAGACGAUACAAAGAGAAAAAGAAAGAAGCAGAAAAGCCGGAAGCGGACCCUGAACGAGAUCAAAGGACAGUUUUUGCUUAUCAGAUUUCUUUGAAGGCAGUUGAAAGAGAUAUCUUUGAAUUCUUCUCCAAGGCUGGCAAGGUCAGAGAUGUACACCUCAUCAUGGACCGCAUUUCCAGACGCUCCAAAGGAAUUGGGUAUAUUGAAUUUUAUGAUGUAAUGUCAGUUCCUAUGGCGAUAGCACUUUCUGGUCAACCUCUACUUGGUGUACCAGUGAUGGUUAAGCCAUCAGAAGCUGAAAAGAACCUUGUUCAGUCUUCUACAUCUGUUGUUUCGGAGGAUAGAAAGCUAUAUGUUGGCAAUCUACCUGUUACCAUAAAAGAAAAUCAACUUCGUCAGGUAUUUGAACCUUUUGGCUCUGUGGAGUUGGUGCAGCUGCCCACUGAUCCUGAAACUGCCAAUUGCAAAGGUUAUGGUUUUGUACAGUUUGCACGUCUUGAAGAUGCUAAGGCUGCACAAAAUUUAAACGGGCAACUGGAGAUUGCAGGUCGAGUAAUCAAGGUCUCUGCUGUUACAGAUCAAGCUGGAAUGCAAGAUGCUGGGGCAAAUGUUGCUGAUUUUGAUGAUAUUGAAGGCAAUGGAUUGUCCUUGAAUGCACACUCGAGAGCACUUCUCAUGCAAAAAUUGGAUCGCACAGGCACUGCUUCAAGCAUUGCAGGUUCAUUAGGCACCCCCAUUAUUAAUAGCCCUGGCCUCUCCUUGCCAACACCACCAGUUCUUGGUGUUGCUCCUGCAGUUCCUCCCCUUAUUGCUAGUCUUGGACAGGCCCCAGUCCCUGCUCUUGCGGGGUUGGCGGCCGCAUGUCUUUCGGUUCCUGCUGCUGCUGCUGUUCCUUCUAUAGAUACCAUUGGUGUUCCUAGUGAAUGUCUGUUGCUGAAGAACAUGUUUGAUCCAAAAUUGGAGGCUGAACCAGAUUUUGAUUUGGAUAUAAAAGAAGAUGUACAAGAUGAGUGCUUAAAGUUCGGAACAUUAAAGCAUAUUUAUGUAGAUAGGAACACUGCUGGAUUUGUAUACUUGAGGUUCGAAAAUACUCAAUCUGCAAUUGCUGCACAGCAGGCACUCCAUGGGAGAUGGUUUGCCGGAAAGAUGAUCACUGCAACAUUUCUGCUUCCGCAGAAUUAUGAGGAUAAAUUUCCUCAUAGCAGAUAA